UGUUAUUUUGCUGUCAUUAGUAACUCCAUCAUAAAACCAGCCCCUCCCUUGUCAUUCCUUUGCAAAGUUUGCAUCCGGUUAGCUUGUUCUUUGAUCAAUGGCAACUAAAACCAGUUCUUGUUCUUCUUCUCUGAGUCUCUUCUCUUCUCCUUUGACUAUUGAUCAACUUAUUGAUGUACUUAAUCUGUUGAAGAGAUGUGGUUUCCCUCAGACAAGAUGGCAUGAGCUGGGACUGACACUAGGACUACACAAGAACACACUGGACGUCAUUGAAAGGAAUCAUCCUAGUGAUGUAUCAAGAUGCUUACUUGAAUGCCUCUCCCAGUGGUUGUCCAGAGCUGAUAAUGUUGACAGUAAAGGAGGAGCUACCUUUGACUCACUGUCAGAUGCUCUUAAAUCUAUGAAUGAGAAUGCUGCAGCUGACAAGUUAGAUCAAGAGAAACGUAAAGCUAAGGCUAUUGAUAUAUUCAACACUCAUCAUCCACUCCUCUCUCAGUCUCUCUCUGAUCCUGUCAGUGUAGCUAGGUUGCUUAAUAGAGAGGGUGUCAUAACAGGACAAGUAUUGGCUAGUGUGGUAUCAGCUAGUCCCUCUGUUCCUAAUCAACGUGAAGUCCUGUUAGCUGCCAUUAUAGUAGCUAUUGAAAGCAAGUAUAGUUUACUACAAACAUUUGCUAGUGUGUUGUGCAAGUUCACUGGUAAUGUAAAACUAGGAACAGUUAUACAAAGAGACUAUGGUGAGUAA